CAUUCUCGAUAUUUUCAUCUAUCACAGAUGGAUAUGUUACAUUGUAAGUGAAUAUUUCAUUGCUAUGCUUUACCGAAGGUGUACAUCACGGAGUCUAGAUAUGGUUUAAUGAUUGUAACCAACUCGCGCAACUAUUGCGUUAUAAUCUACCAAAUAUCAUAUUGAUUACUCCUAGAGACGUAAUGAUGCGUAAUUAGAGCAGAAGGCUGCAUAAUGGCUAUUCACCGCUCCAUAGUGGCAGGAAUGCUACAAAGGAGAUAUAUGGGAUAUAUCAUGAGAUAUGGAUCAUCCAAUGACAGUACUCCUUUAACAGAGCCAUGUAACAUAGCACGAUAUAUAGAAAAGGUAGCAAAGGAGCUAGGCCACAUUGAAAUGAAACAACAUCAACCAAAAUGUGCUGAUUUAAUGGAUUCCAUGUGUGCGAAUAUAACUCAAUAUACAGCUAUGGAAGUAAGAGCCAUAGCUCAUGGAAUAGCGAUAAUAUUUGGAAAGAAUGCAAAUGAUAGGUGGCUACAAUGCAUAGCCACGUUUACACUAAAACGAGCGCACAUGAUGCCUGUCUAUUUGCUUUAUCCCUUAGUUAACAGCAUAAGUAAGAUGGCAGACCAUCGAAAUCUGUUGCCGUUUGAGCAACUGGUGGAUAUAUGCGUCAAGCGUAUGGAUGAGGCAAAUUCAAUCGAUCUAGCAACUAUCGCACAAACAGCUGUAUUAUUAAAACGUAGACUACCAGUAUUCAAACUUAUGGAAGAAGUUGCAAACGUAACUGGGACGCAACGGAUUCUAGACGAGAUAUCAGCAAGCAAUGCAGUACUUAUUCUAUAUGCCUUUGCCCAGACUCAUGUUAAACACGAUCAACUCUUUAACAAACUAUCACAAGUCAUUUCUAAAAUGAGCCAUGACGACUUUCAGAUGCAUCUGAUCCCUCUGGCGCUCCAUGCUUUGGCACAACUCAGGUCGAAGGAUAGGCAUGUCUUGGAGAACAUAGCAGAUUACGCGCUUAAGGUGGCGGAGCAGAUGCAGCCUGCAAAUAUAUCUAGUACAGUAUGCGCCAUGGCAAAGUUGAGGUAUAAGCACCCGUUGCUGUUACGUGCCAUGGCAAAUCGCACAAAGCAAUUGAUACCAUCGAUAAAUAUACGUGAAAUGAGCAACAUUCUUUGGGGAUUCGGUAAGCUAAGAUACGAUGAUAAAGAGUUCGUGGACAGCAUAAUUGACCGGUGUUCCCAGUAUAGCGACAUAGAUGAACUUUCAUUUGCACAAACGUUCGAAGCUAUCAGAUGUUACCAUGCAGUUCACAAAGAGGAUGUUAUAAAAAGUUUGACGGAACGAUAUCUGGUUAUAAUGCCGCAGUGUUCCACCCAAAUUGUCACCCAGGUUGCCUGGUGUUGUACCAGCCUAGGGUUUAACCAUGACAGCAUUAUAUCAAAAUCGCUUGAAGUAUUGACUACACGAAACAGGAAUGCAGUUGAGCAGAAGUUCGUAAAGAUGUUACUGGAUGCACUGAAUAAUACAGGACUGGAACCUGAAGACACCGUACAGCAUUAUAUCGCUAAAUUAACCAGCACUCAGGAAACAAAUGCAGUUAAUAUAUGAUUAUAGAAGAUAGUAU